AUGGAUGCCGCCAGUACAGCCCUUGAAGCCUCCUCUUCAUCCUCACCCUCCUCCUCCCCAGGACAUUGGAAAUACAACGUGUUCUUGAGCUUCAGAGGUGAAGACACACGCAGGACCUUCACAGACCACCUCUAUUGUACAUUAAAAGACAACGGGGUCACCGCCUAUAUUGAUGAGAACGAACUACCAAGAGGCGAAAAUAUAUCAGAAGAACUAAAGCAAGCAAUCGAACAGUCUAGGAUCUUGUCAUCGUCUUCUCAAACAGGUAUGCGGAUUCCACAUGGUGUCUUGAGGAGCUGGAGAAGAUCAUGGAGUGUAGAAGAAGACUUGGGCAAAUGGUUUUGCCAAUUUUCUAUGAUGUUGAUCCUACGCAUGUCAGGAAACAAACUGGUGGUUUUGCAGAAGCAUUCCAAAAAACAAGAAGGGAACUUCUCUGAAGGUAAAGAUAAGAUACAGAGGGGGAGAUCUGCUGGUCUGAAGCUGCAAAUUUGGCUGGCGGGAACCUUAAAAACAAUAUUGAUGGAUAAUUACGCAAAUAUUUAA